AUGGCCACCCUCAAGGUCCCCGCCGGCUGCCGCCAGCCUCAGGAGCUCGACAGCGUCCAGCCGCCUUGGCUGGACCUCGACACCCAGAUCUCGCUGGCGCCCGUCUCCGACAGCCCCGAGUCCUCCGUGGAGGAGCUGCGCUCCACCUCCGAGGAGGACGAGGGGGCCUCCCCCAGCCUCGGGGCAUCCUUGGAGGCCAGGGCUGAGGGCCAGGCCCCGGGGCCUGAGUCUCCAGUGGUCCAGGAGCCCGGGCCUGUUGUGGGGCUAGACCCCCCGGGCCCUGCCCCGGAGGAGAGCAGGGGGGCAGCGCCCGGGGACGCGGUGAUCGUGGUGCUGCCCAGAGAGACGAGCUUCCUGGAUAGCGUGGGGGCAGCGCCAUGCUGGGAGCAGCCCCCGGCCCCCAGCGAGGAGCCGGCGAAGGUGCCGCAGUGCCCCUCUGCCCCCUGCCCGCUGCCCGGGGAUGACCAGCCGCCCCCCAGCCCCGGCACCCCGUCUCCUGAGGAGCCGGCCCCUAGCCUGCCGAGAGGCAGGGGGUGCAGCCCCCAGUGCAGCACUGCCCACCUGAAGGCCAUGUCGUCCGCCUUCGUCUCGCUGCUCCUGGCACCUUGGAUCCUCUACGGCCUCCACCACCUCCUGCCCUUCGAGCCACCGCUGUGCCCGGACCUGGCCAGCCGCCUGGCCUUCGCACUGCGCUGCCUCCUCAUCGCCAGCGUCCCCGUCGUGCUGGGCGUCGCACUCGCAGCCCUGGCCAGGCUCUGCUCGGGGACCCUGGACCCGCUGGAUGCCCACGCGCCUCCCGUCCGGCUCCACCAGCUCUAUGUCUCCAGCUCCAUGGACCAGCUGGUCCUCUUCUGCCUCAACGCGGUGGUGCUGGCCACCUUCCUGGCCCAGGAGCACCUGCACCUCCUGCCCCUCCUGGCCGGGCUCUUCUCCAUCGGCAGAUGCUGCUACUGGGCCAGCCUCCGGAUCAGCAGCGCCUACCGCGGCUUCGGCUUCGGCCUCUCCUUCUUCCCUGCCCUGGCGAUGACGGCCUACAACCUCUUCUGCCUCUACCAGCUGGGCUUCGGCUUCCUCUUUGCCCCCGCGGAGGGUGUUGGCAGCUGGACCACCCCUGCCCCCCCUCUCACGCUGGCCCCGACAAGCCCUGGCAACUGAGGGGCGGCUGCAUCGAGGUGCACGGAGCCUCGUGAGCGGAGCAGCCUCCGACUCAAGACCUCGAGGGACCUGCUGUCAUGCCCAGGUCGCCCGCAGCUACCAGCGCAGACCAGCUGCUUCGUGCAAGGGGCCGUGCCCGGGCCCUGGGACGUCACCGUGCUGUCCAGGUAGCAUCCCUUCCUCUGUGUGCCCGUCUGUCUUGCCUCAGCUGGGCAGUGCCAAUGGACGGACGGACACAGACAUGCUUGGAAGGGACGUUCCUCUUUCUGCUCCUGCAUCCCGGCCCCCACCCCGGUACCCUGCCGUGGGCCAGCGGCACAGCUGUCGUGGGUGCCUGGCCAAGGCUAAUCUGAGCACCAGGGUGUGGGGCAGCGCCUUGGAUCUGGGCAGGUCUCACCUCCCCCUGGAGCCGGGUGGGGAGAAGAUUGUGUCUGGUGUCCAGCGUCCUGCUACUCCCCCUCGCUUGGGCAGCCGGGCCCUGGGCCAAGGGGCUUUAACCGUGAACACCAACAGAGCUGGAGAGGGGAAAAGGAAGCCCAUGAGCAUGGCUCUCCUGAGAGGGGGCCGGGGUCCUGCACGCACUGCUGCAGCACUUGCCCAACAGGGAUCCAGGGGGAAAGGGCGGGUGGGUUUUUUUCCCCUGCCACCCCAACGUGACGCCCGGGCCAGACACACUCGCAAAUCAAAGGCAAGCGGUGCAUCUCUGCCUGUAACUCCAACCUCUGCCCUUCCCCGUCCGGAGGCCUGGGUUCGGAGAGUGUUGUGCCGUGGCUGUCUGGCCCCUGGCUUCCUGCGCUCAGUUAUGCUGGCACCAACUCCAGCCAUGGGGCUGAGACCCUCCAAGCAGAAUAAAAGCCAUUU